UGUCCGGCCGGGCGCUCCCUCCGCUGGCCGGCUGCGACGCGUUGGCGGCGGCGUUGGCCCGUCUGGGUGCUCGUCGCGACCGCGUUUUGCCCGCUGGGCGCGUCUGGAAUUGUUGCGCUCGCCGCGAGGAGCGAUGGCGCUGGCGGCCGGCCUGAGCCUCCUCUUCUGGUUCGCUGCGGAGCCGCGGCUGGUCUUUUCGGGCUUGCCAGUUACAGUGGAUCCGCCAUCACUUAGCAUCCAAAAAGCUGUCCUUACCGUAGCUGUAAAUGAGACGCUACAAAUCACUUGCAGCGGUGAAAGGGCUUUGGAAUGGCAUUGGCCUAACAACCAGAGUAGUUCUGAAAACCGAUUAGCUGUGACGGACUGCACUGACAACAUCUACUGUAAGAUGCUCACACUUACAAAAGUAAUAAGCAACGAUACAGGGGCCUACGAGUGCUUUUACCAAGACAACCACACAAUGUCAAGCAUUUAUGUGUAUGUUCAAGAUUUUACAGAUCUUCUAGAUUACAGAUCUCCAUUUUUGACCUCAAUGAGUGAUCAACUUGGAGUUGUCUAUAUAACUGGAAACAAAACUGUGAUAAUACCGUGUCUUGGGUCUACAUCGAACCUCAAUGUUUCACUGUAUGCGAAAUAUCCAGACAAAAUAUUUGUUCCUGACGGUAGAUCAAUUUUCUGGGAUGAUCAGAAAGGUUUCACUCUUCCCAGUAGCCUGAUCAGCGAUGUGGGCAUGGUCUUCUGCAAAGCUAAGAUCGAUGAUGAAAGCUAUCAGUCCAUGAUGUUCAUUGUGGUGGUGAUUGGUUAUAAAAUUCAUGAUCUCACUAUAAGUCCUCCUCACCCACUAGAGCUAGCUGCAGGAGAGAAGCUAUCCUUAAAUUGUACCGCAAGGACAGAACUGAAUGUGGGAAUUGAAUUUGAGUGGGACUACCCAUCAAGCAAAACAAAUAAGAAAAAGCACAUUACAGUCAGGGAGCUAAAGACCUCAUCGGAUAAUGAAGUGAAGAAGUUUGUAAGUACUCUCACCAUAGAACACGUGACCUUAAAUGACAGAGGACGAUACACCUGCACCGCUUCUAGCAGUCGCAUGACUAAGAGAAGCAGCACUCCCGUCAUUGUCCACGAAAAGCCUUUCAUUAGUUUGGGCAGGAUGCCAUCUUUGGUGGAGACAAGGUUGAGUGAACCAGUCAGAAUUCCUGUCAAAUUCACAGGGUAUCCACUUCCAGAAAUAAAAUGGUAUAAAAAUGGAAAAGCCAUCACUGGAAAUCGUACAAUUAAACUUGGUCACUCCUUGACUAUUUCUGAAACAAGCGAAAGAGAUGCUGGGAACUAUACGGUUGUACUAACCAAUCCCAUUAAUAAGGAACAGCAGAGACACACGAUUCAUCUCGUUGUGAACGUCCUGCCACAAAUUGGGGAGAAUGCUCUCUUAGCAUCAGUGGAUUCCUAUAAGUAUGGCUCCACCCAAGCUUUGACAUGCACAGUGUAUGCUGUUCCAUCAGUGGCCAAGAUUCAGUGGUACUGGCAGUUUGAAGAAGAAUGUACUUUCAGUCCUCACCAAGCUGGACUGGGAAAUAACCCUUAUGCCUGUAAGACAUGGAAAGAUAUUACUGACAGAAGAGGUGGAAAUCAGAUGGAAAUGGUAAAAAAUCAAUUUGUUGCCAUCGCUGGGAAAAUGAAGACUGUAAGCACUCUUGUGAUUCAAGCAGCAAAUGUGUCCGCUCUGUACAGAUGUGUGGCUAGUAACAAAGCUGGAGAAGGCGAGAGAGUAAUCUCCUUUCAUGUAACCAGAGGCCUUGAAAUCAAUCUUCAGCCUCAAAGUCAGCCUACCAAGAAGCACAAUGUAUCCUUGCUGUGCACGGCUGACAAGCUCACGUUUGAAAACCUGACCUGGUUUAAAUUCAGCCCUCAGGCCUCAGUGAUGUACUUCGGUGGGCUGCCCCUGCCUGUUUGCAAGAACCUGGAUGCUCUUCAGAAAUUGAAUGCCACCGCUGCAAGAGCCAAUGGGGAGAACAUUACCACGGAGUUAUUCCUCCAAAAUAUCUCCCUCCAAGAUAGUGGGGAUUACGUAUGCAUCGCCCAGGACAAAAAGACCAAAGCGCAGCAUUGCCUUAUCAAACAACUCACUGUUCAAGAACCAGUGGCGCCCACCAUUAUUGGGACCCCUGAGAAUCAAACAGCAGUUAUUGGUGAAACGAUACAAGUAUCUUGCGUAGCGAACGGAAUUCCUUCUCCCCUAAUCAUGUGGUUUAAAAACAAUGACUCCCUUAUUGAAGAUUCAGGCAUUGUUCUGAAAAAUGGGAACAGAAGCCUCACCAUACGAAGGGUGAGGAAGGAGGAUGAAGGUCUCUACAGCUGUCAUGCUUGCAACAUCCUUGGCUGUACAAAAGUGGCAUCAUAUUUUUCAGUGGAGGGCACUGAUGAGAAAACAAAGCUCGAGUUCAUUAUCCUGGUUGGGACCGCAGUAAUUGCCAUGUUCUUCUGGUUGCUCCUCGUAAUAAUCCUCCGGACCGUUAAACGGGCAAGUGGAGAAGAACUGAAGACUGGCUAUCUCUCCAUUAUCAUGGAUCCUGAUGAAGUCCCCAUGGAUGAACAAUGUGAGCGCCUUACUUACGAUGCCAGCAAGUGGGAGUUCCCCAGGGACCGCCUAAACUUAGGUAAACCACUUGGCCGGGGAGCGUUUGGCCAAGUCAUUGAGGCAGAUGCCUUUGGAAUUGAAAAAACGGCGACCUGCAAAACAGUUGCUGUGAAAAUGCUUAAAGAGGGUGCGACCCAUAGUGAACACCGAGCGCUGAUGUCUGAACUCAAAAUCCUCAUUCAUAUUGGUCAUCAUCUCAACGUGGUUAACUUACUGGGGGCCUGCACAAAACCAGGAGGCCCACUCAUGGUGAUUGUAGAAUACUGCAAGCAUGGAAAUCUAUCAGUGUAUUUAAGAAGCAAGAGGAAUGAGUUUGUUCCAUACAAGACCAAAAAUACCAGGUAUAGGAAUGGAAGAGACAACUGUGUUGGUGAAGUCUCAGCAGAUCUGAAGAGACGCCUGGAAAGCAUUGCAAGCAGCCAGAGCUCAGCGAGCUCAGGGUUUGGAGAGGAGAGAUCCCUCAGUGAUGUGGAAGAGGGAGACCCAACAUCCGACGACCCUCUGAGCCUGGAAGACCUCAUCUGCUAUAGCUUCCAAGUAGCCAGGGGGAUGGAAUUCCUGGCCUCACGGAAAUGUAUCCAUCGAGACCUGGCGGCUCGCAACAUCCUCUUAUCAGAGAACAAUGUGGUCAAAAUUUGUGAUUUUGGAUUGGCUCGAGAUAUCUACAAAGACCCUGAUUAUGUGAGGAAAGGAGAUGCCAGGCUACCCCUGAAGUGGAUGGCACCAGAAACCAUUUUUGAUCGAGUGUAUACGAUUCAAAGUGAUGUGUGGUCUUUUGGCGUACUACUGUGGGAGAUAUUUUCGUUAGGAGCUUCCCCUUACCCCGGUGUAAAGAUUGAUGAAGAAUUCUGUAGAAGACUGAAAGAGGGAACAAGAAUGAGGGCUCCAGACUACACAACACCUGAAAUGUAUCAGACAAUGUUGGAUUGCUGGCACGGAGAUCCCAAACAAAGACCCACUUUCUCAGACCUGGUGGAACAUCUGGGAAAUGUAUUGCAAGCAAAUGUUCAUCAGGAUGGUAAAGACUAUAUUGUCCUUCCUCAGUCUGCAUUGCUGAACAUUGAAGAGGAUUCUGGACUCUCGCUGCCCACCUCACCUGUUUCCUGCCCGGAGGAAGAGGAAGUGUGUGAUCCCCCGUUCCACGGUGACGACACCUCAGGAAUGAGUGAGUACCGCAAAGGAAGCAAAAGAAAGAGUCGCCCUGUGAGUGUAAAAACCUUUGAAGAUGUGCCUGUAGAACCAAUGGUAAAAGUGGUUCAAGAGGACAAUCAGACAGACAGCGGGAUGAUUCUUGCAUCAGAAGAGCUCAAGACCUUAGAAGAGAAGGCUAAACAGUUGAUGUUGCCCUUUAGUGGAUUGGUCUCCAGUAAAAGUAACGAAUCUGUUAUGUCUGAAGCUUCAAACCCUACCAGUGGCUACCAGUCAGGAUAUCAUUCAGAUGAUAUGGACAUGACAGUUUACUCUGGUGAAGAAAUGGAACUCUUACCUAUAAGAGAAGAUGCUACUCAGACUUACUGUGUAUAUGGCCCUGAGGUAUCUCCUGUUUAAGAAAGGGGGAAGCAACCCUCUUAAAUAAACAACAACAGAACUUCACACUGAACAUGGCCUUUUUCUUAAACCAGUGGUAUUCGAUGCUCACAACAUCUACAGUCACAGAUUAGAAAAAGUAUGUGUUUCUCUACAUUUUCCUUGAUAUGAAGGACACCAAGUGCUCCAUGGACAACUGGAACCAAAGUAAUUGUUCAAGCUUAAAAAGAUCUCUUAAUGUCACCUGUUUUUCCACGAGUUUAUCUGUUUAAAUUGUUUCAAUCAUUAUUUUGAAUUAUAAACACUGAAAUAUAAAUGAAUUGAUACAUUAACACCUCACACCUGUACAAUUGCAUGUAUGGGGAUUUAAUGUUCAGCCACAAUCCUUUGUAUCUUCUGUUUUGACAACAAAUGAACUUCUAACUUUACAUAUGCUCUCCCUGGGAAUCGAUCUUCAAGAAGUCAGUAUCAGUACAUAGGUGGCUCACCUUCUAAACUUCAUAGUGCGAUCCUAAGAACACUUUGCUGGAUGUAUGAUCUACUGAACAGUCCUGAGUGGAAUUCUAAGCAGACCUUCUUAGAGUGGCGCUGUAGGCUCAAGGAGAACACUGCUGCAACAGUACUGGUGAAUAGGUGACUACUGGCAGAAUACAGACAGAGUGACUGUUCUUUCAGAAAGAGGACAUCUAAAGAGACUCGUUAGAUGAACAUUUUGUGUUGAGAUGAUCUUGGCUUUGUCAAUAUAAACAAUUCACUAAAUGAUUUAGGAGUUUUACCUUAGGUGUACUACAGGUCAUGCUCUUUGUUUCAGUUGACAUGCAAGCUUCUUGCUGGGAAAGAAAACAGAAAUCCCAAAAUAUCUGGAAUGCAAUUAAGCAAAGAAUUUACUCAGUAAAUCCAUGUGGAUCAGUAGCACAUUACUUAAUUAGUUGCUCAGGUUUUAAGUGAUGUUUGAAUGAUAGGAAUUGCUUUGUGUGUUUUGGAGGUCCAGAGUUCUAAUAACAUAUUAUGUAUAUUACAAGAUUUUUUAAAAAAACAAAACUGUAGAGCAAUUUUAACUCAGGUUACUUUUGUAUUUUUGUUUUGUUACUCAUGUUUUUGUACUAUAAUAUUCAAGUGCUGGGAACCUAUGAAUUAUUAAAUAAAUGGCAAUACAGUAUUUAUAGUCUGGUUGUGU